AUGAAUGAUUUGAAUAAUAACGACAUAUUGAAGAAUUAUAAGAAAAGCUUAAACGAUUUUAAAAAUAUUGGAAACCCUACUUCAAAAUUGAAUUUACAGAAAGACAUGGAAAAUUAUAAUGAAAAAGUUAGUGACACAAACGUGCAAAAUGAAAAUGCUUGUUCCUAUUAUACCAAAAAUGAUGAACAUGAAAUAUUUACUAAUAAAAAUAACUUUAAUAUAGAUUCAUUCUUAGUUGAUAUAUCUUUAUGUGAUUCAACAACAUGUGAUAGGAACAAAUUUAAGAAUAUAAUAAAUAAAAAAGAACAAAAAUCAGAAAAAGACAAACUAUAUGAUAGCCUUUUUAAUGUACAUCAAGAUAAAUUAAAAGUAAAAAGUAAUUUUAUAAUUAAUAAUAGCAUAGUUAAUUAUGAUAUAAAUCUAAAUAACUCUCUUAACAGAAUUAGUAAAAUAAAUUUUAUGCAAAAAUUUAGAAGAAAUGCACGCAAUUACCAUAGCAAUACAAGACGUGAACGCAGAAUGAAUGUAUUAGAACGUAUAAAUCAAGGUAAUAGUGACACUGUGGUCACCACUAAAUUCAGUACCACUAGCAGUAACAACAAACAGAAGCUAAAGAGUUUAUAUAACUUUAAAGUAGAUUUUGAAAGUACCCAUUCAUACCAAGCAAAGGAAAAUGAUAAAAAUGACAGACCACUUGAAAAUAACACGUAUUUUAAUAAUUCAAAAAAUUCUUAUAAAAAUAAUAUGGAUAAAAUAGAAAAAACAAAAGAAAACAAACUUAAUUCGAAUCUUCCUAAGGACAAUGAAAAUAAAAGGAAAAAAAAACACAUAUCUGACAACAUAAACUCUGUAGAUAUAAAAUACCCAACUAUUCUAAACAGUAAAAAUAAUUUUCCAUUUUACUUCAAUUAUUCAGGCAUUUCCGAAAACUUUAAAAGUUUAAAUAAUGUUCAAAUGAGUAAUAACUCUAAUUACGUAAAAACUAGUUAUGAUCAAAUUAAAAAAAUAAUUCUAGAAGAUAUGCCUUCCGAUAGCAACACUUGGGAAGGAAACAAUAUUUCUCCAACAGCAAAGAAUGAACUAAUCUUUGAAGUGAAUAAAGAAAAAGAAUAUUUUAAUAUUUCAAGUUAUUUAAAUAAGCCCAUUCAAGUAACAACAGACAAUGAUCAAAAAACAAAAAUGGUCGAAGCACAAAAAAAAGAGGACCUUGUAAAUAAAAAUAAAAAGAAUAAUUCAAAGACUUCUUUUGCCUAUUUAACAAAUGGAUGCAAAGAACAAAAACAGUAUCUACAAAAUUUAGAAAAAUUUAAUGAUCAUCUAAAGAACUAUUCUCUGGAAGAAGCAAAUAUACACAUUAAAAAUUACAAUUUGAGACAUUCCUUUGAUUUUGAUCGAAACGGUAAGUCUACCAUAAAUGACAAUUCCAUAAAAAACAAAUAUUUAAAAAAAAAAGCGGAAAAAAGUAACACUAAAUUGAAUAUGUACGAAAGUUUCUUAGAUUUUGAAAAAGAAUUCAAAAAUAAAAAGAAUCUUGAAAACCUUAUUAAAAAAAAGAGUGAAAAAAACACAGAAUUAUUUUUAAAAUUUUCUGGUAACGAAAAAAAAAAUAUACUUCAUUAUGUUACGAAAAAUAAUAAUUCCCUAAAGUGCACAUAUAAAGAAUACAAGAAAAGUGGUAUUUUUCAACCUGUGUCUUUAGGCAAAAUUAACAACGUUAGUAAAAACCAAGCAAUAAGAGAAGAGAGCAGUAAUGUUAUAAAUAUUCCCAUUAAUUUUAAAUUAAAAAAAAAAUUGAAAAAUUGCAAAAACAAUGAUAAUACGCACAAUGAAUCAGUAAAAACUAAACAAAAUGACAUAUUCCCACUGUUAAAUGGAUAUUAUACAAAUUUUUCAAAUACGCAAGAAUUGAAAAAUUAUAAAUAUUCUUUUUUUAAUAAAUCAGAAAUAUAUGAAACCAAUGGACUUGUGAUCCCCUUUUUAAAAAAAGACAUCAUGAAUGAAAAAAAUAUGCAUGUUGAAAAUUUAUUUAGUUUAAAUGAUGAUUUCAACUCAAAUAUAGAUGGGACAUUGGGAAUCUACUCAACAAAAUGUAAUAAAAACGAGGAAAAAAAAGUUAUACUCAAAAAUAAUAAUGUUACUUAUGACAAAGAACAUAAGAAUAGUUAUAUACGCAUGCAAAACGCCCAUAAUGAUAAUGCCAAUAUAAGCACUGGCAUAAGUAUGCUUCAUAAAAAUAUUUUUCACCGCCAAGAAAUACACCAACAAAUAAUAGGAUUACAGACAGAAAAUAGUACUCAAGAAACUCAGUCAGAAAGAAAAGAAAUACAUAGUGAGUAUAACAAUUAUAAUUUCAAUAAAUCUGAAAAAUGUGUUGUGUAUAACACAAAGGGAAGCAAUAGUGAGGAAUAUUGUCAUAAAGUAAAAAACGAGCAAAAUUUAGUUAUUCAUAACUUAAAUUUAGUUAUAAAUGGAGAAGACAAACAUAAAAAGGUAGAACACGAUGACUGUCUCAAUGACAUAAUUUUUGAACGAGAAAAUAAAACAAAUGCAGACAUGACAAGUAAAAAUAAAAGCUCCAAAAAUGGUGAUGAAAAAACAGCAGAGUCAACUUACUUAUCAAAUCAGUGGGAAAAUUUCCAUUGUAUAUUUUCAAGGGACCCAAAUAAUGAAUUUGCUUUAAUAAAAAAUACGGAAAAUUAUAACGACCAUAAUAACUCAUUUGAUUCAGUAAACAGGAAUGGAAAGGAUAAUACACCCGGAUCUAUGCAUGGUGAAGAUUUUUAUGGAAAUAUUAACGAUAUAAUUAAAGAAGGGGAAUGUAAUACAAAUAUAAGUCAAAUAAAGGAUGAAAUAUGUUCUGCAAAAUAUUGUAAUAAUGAACAAAAUGACUGUGUUAAUAAUGAGAAUAAAUGCACGAAUGGAAAAUACAGAACUAGUAAUGAAACAGAAAAAAAAGAAAAUGUAAGUGUACAAACUGGAGGAGAAUUAGUACAGAAGACAGAAGUAAAAGACGUACUAAUAAAUACUGAAAGUGACGUUAAUAUUUUAGAAUAUAACACCAAGAAUAAUAUUAACAUAAAGGAAGGGGAUAACAAAAAUUUUAAUGAGAAAAUAAAAUCUGAAAUUAAUAGCAAUGAACUCAAAAAUGUUAAUUAUAAUAUUGGAAUGAAAAAUGAAAAAAAUGGUAUAUACAAUGAAACACCCAAUAACCAUGUCGAAAUUAUGAGUGAAGAUGCAAAAGAUGGAGAUGCAGAAUAUCAAACUGAUGAGAAACAUAUGAAGAACCAAAAUAACAGUAACAAAAUUGAAUGCUUAAAAGAUGAAGUAAAAAGUGAAAACGAAAAUUCACAUUCGAGAAACAUUUAUAAUAUCUGCGAAAUAGAUGAUAAAUGUACAAAAGAAACUACUUAUGCGGGAAAUGAGAAAAAAGAAAGCAAAGAAAAUGAAUUUAUCAUAUAUAAUGAAAAUGUAAAAAGUUCAUAUAAUUACAAUAAAUGUAAAUCCGAUUUUGACAGGGAAGUAGAAAAGAAUUACCAAAAUGAACAGGAAAAACAUCGGAAUAUCUAUGAAAAGAGAGAACACGAAAAUAGGAUAUGCAGAAAAGAAAUCCAAGUGGAAUCUAAAAUUUAUGGUGAGGAAGAAAAAGGAAGUAAAGUUUACAAUGAAAAUAAUCAUAUUGAUAAUUACACUCAAGUAAGCCAAAAUAAAAAAAAUGAACAUAAAUAUGAAAAAGAUGGAACACUUAAUAGUGUAGACACUAGGAUAGCUGUAAAUGAAGAUAUUCUUUAUGAAAGCAGGGAACAUGAAAAUCAAAACGAUAUAGAAAAAAACGAACAAAUUACAAUUGAAAAUGAUAACAUAAAUAGCGAAAUGGUGACAGAAAAUGGUAAUAAAAAUGGUAAUAAAAAUGGUGAAAGUACAACAAAAAGAACCAAUAAAAUUUGCGAAAUUACAGAAGACAAUGUUAAUAAAAGUAUUGGAAUUAUGAAUAAAACAUUUGGUAAAAGCUUUAAAUACAAAAGUCCAGAUGAGAAUUAUGAUUUUAACAAAAACACAGGUGAUAAAAAUAUAUCAGAUGUACAGAAAGCUAGCUGUGUUAAUAAAAGUGAUAAUAUGUACAGUGAAAGAAACUUGGAUGAAAAGAUUUUUCUUACUAUUAAUGAACGAUUUAAAAGUGACAAUCUGGAACAAAGUAAUGAGGAAAUAGAAAAUUUAAUUCAAGAAAAUGAUUUAGAUAAAUACAGUCAUAACACAAAAUGUUUAAAUAAUUACAGUAAUUCAACAAAUGAGGCAUACACUUUUCCAACUAAUGAAUAUUCAGAAAAAAAAAACAAUAUAUCAAAGGAGAAAGUGGAGCUUUACAAACUUUUAGAAAAUUCAUCUUUUGAAAACAUUAACAAAAUAGAAACAAUGAAUGAAGAGUUAGAAGAGGAAAUACCAUACAAAAGUAAUAGAUUAAAGGAAGAAAAAACGAACAGUGAAAAUCAUAAAAGUAACAAAGACAGUCACAGUAAACAUAAUUCAUAUAUAGAAAUUAAUGAAAUUUCAAGCAAUGAAAUAAUUAAGGAAUUUAAUUGUCUAUAUAUAAAAAUAAACAAAUAUAAUUUAUUUAAAUAUUUAAAUAUCAACGAAGAGAGGUUAAAUUAUAUUAAUUCUCUGUAUGAUUCAUUUGAUUAUCUUAACAAAACCAUAAAAAUAGAAAACGAUAAUAGACAUGAAAAUAAGAUUUAUCACAGUUACAAAAAUGAAACAGAUAUUAUAAAAAGUGACAUAUACAAAAAAUGUUUUGAAGAGAAAAUGAAUAACAUUUUUAACUCUAAAUUACAGGAAAAUCAUGAUGUUAACAUAUAUUCCGAUAUAAGUAUAUUCGAUGGAAAGGACAUUACGCAUGAAAAUCGUAAUCAUUUUCAUGACAAAUCACGUAGCAUCAAUGGAGAGCUACAAGAAAAAAUAAAUGACACAAUUAAUACGAAUAAAUCUGUUGACUCCAACAUUUCGAACAAAAAAUUACAAAAUGAUUUAAUCAAUUGUAGUGACUUAAAUUUUUGCCAAAGAAUAAAUCUUGAAACACAAGAAAAACAAAGGGUGCACUCGGAUAUGGGAAAUUUAAGCAGUUCUGAUGAAAAUGAAAAUAAUGACAAUGAAGACAAUAUAUGCUACGAAGACAUUAAGCGAAAUGUAUGGUUACAAAAUACAGAUCUUCAUAAAAAGAUGAAAAGAAAAAAUAUAGUUAAAUAUAUUCAGUUAGAAUCUGUUAAGUGUAUAUUAUUAUUUUGUUAUUUGUAUAGCGUCAAAUAUUUUCAAGGCUUGCAUGACAUGGUCAUAAGUUUAUUUUAUUUGAACUUAGAACCAUAUGAAAUUUUUUGUGUUUUUGAAAAAAUUUUACAUUAUUAUGCUCCAUAUUUAUAUUUAGGAAACAAAAGUAAAUGUAUAUCCCCAUUAAAUGAUGUAAAAUUAGGUAAGUACAUGGAUAAUUACAAUUUAUCAGAUAUAACUAUUGACAUCUGUAAUUAUAAUGGAAGAUUAUUCAAGCUAUUAUUUCAGUUUUUUUUCCCUCGUGUUAGUCAUUACUUUGAUACAACAGUGAAUCACACUUGGCCAUCUUUUUUAUUCAUUAAUCUAAACUUUAGUAAAUUCAAUAAUGUUUUUUGCUUGUUAUACACAUGGUUACGAUUAAUAGAAAUAAAAGAUGAAGGAAAUGAAGUAAGCUGCGAUUUUAUUCUUUAUUUAUUGUCCUUCUUUAUGUAUAAAUUAAAAAUUAUUAAAAACAAAUUUUACAAAAAAGGGAACCUACACAAAAUAAACAACACUACCAAAUAUUCAUCAUUUGAAUGUUUUAAAAAGAACGAACGAGAAGCACAAAUAGUAGCACAGAUAAAUGCCAGUAUUCCCAAAGUGUAUCUAGACGCAGAAAACCAGAAAAGGUUAGAAUAUAUUGAAGAACAGAUAGCAAAUAAAAAAGAAGAAAAAAUUGCAAACGAAGAAGAGGACAAAAAAAAAGAUAAAGUAUCAGAAGAAAAUAAAGAUAAAGAUUCAGAUAAAAAUGAAGAAAAAGAUUCGGACAAAAAUGAAGAAAAAGAUUCGGACAAAAAUGAAGAAAAAGAUUCGGACAAAAAUGAAGAUAAAGAAUCAGAUAAGAAUGAAGAUAAAGAAUCAGAAAGAAAUGAAGAUAAGAAAACAGACGAAAUUGAAGAUAUAGAAGCAGACAAAGGAUGCGAAGAAUCGGUACAAAUACAUAUAACAGAAAAGGAACAUUCAAUGAAUCUAUAUAAGGAAAGUAAAGAAAGAGAAAAGGAUGAAAAAACAAAAAGAGAAGAUAUUAGAAAAAGAAAACUUUCUAAAUACUGUACAGACAUGUUCUCUUUCUUUUUUGAAUGUAAUUCAUCUUUUGAUGAACAUUUUUGUGAUAACUAUGAAAUGCACAUAGAUCAAAUCAUGGAAAAUAUCAAAAAAAUUAAAGAGAUGAUUCCCAUAAGUAUUAUGGAUUUUAUCAUCAGUUAUAAUUCGAAAUAUCAAAAAAACGAGCACCUAGCAGACUCUGAAGGGUACAUAAAAAAUGAAAAAUUAUCAAAUAAUUUAAUGAAAUAUAUAGAUGAUAAUAUCUGCCUACAUAUAAAAAUUUCUGACUUAUUGUAUAUUCAUAAUAACGGAAACAGCUAUGAAUUUGUUUUUAUUAGAUUAUUAAACCAAAAGAUUGUUCUAAGUAAACUCAAAUUUAUUAGUUCAAGUAAGUUGGGCAUAGAAGAUUUUGUUCAUUUUAAAAAUAUACAUGAAUUUUUAAGUUAUAAAAAAAAAUUGCGAUCUACACUUAAUGGCCAUAAAAAAAUACUAUAUAUUAUCAUUCAUCAUACCGAUGAAAAAGAUAUACAACUGGAUGACAAUGAUAUUAAUCCUUGCAACAAGAGCCCACAUACAAAUAAGACAAAUACAUCUGCAAAUGAAAAAAAUGUAGUUAAUAAAAAAAUAUACAUGAACAUGAUUUUCUUUAAAAGAAAAAACAAAGAAAAUAAUAAAAUCUGCGAAAAUUUAAAUGAUCCCAUGUUAGACAAAAACCCCCUACAUAGUUUUAUCAUAACAGUGUUAAAAAAUAAUUUUAAGCAUUUAACUAUUCUUCAAGAUCAUUCUUGUGUUAUCAAAAUAAUUAAUGAAAAAAAAAGUGUAGCAGUAGAAACAAAUGAUAAUAAUUCAUUAAGAGAAAAUAGUUUUUUCUUUCAAAUGUUUAACAAAGUGAAAAACAAGAUUUACGAAAAUAUUGCAAAAGAUAAUGCAGCAAAAAAAGACAACUCUUUAAAAAUUAACUUUUUGCAAAAUAAUUUGAAGUUUUCAUUAAAAAAUUCUAAUUUUAAAAUGUUCAGCGACAGGAAGAUAAAGAAAAGAACAAAUUUUAAGAAUAAACAAAAAAUAAUUAUAUAUUCUAAAAGUAUCCUUAGGAAAAAGAAAAGUGAAAAACCAAAAAAUAGAUUAAACAAUAAGUUAGAAAAUACAUUGCUGAACAAAGUAGAAUAUAAAUUAAAUAGAAGGAUGCCUUUUGCUCUUAGGAAAUAUAUUGAAAGUAAUACAGUUGUGUUACUUAACAAUUUUAAAGAAAAUAAUGGUAAGACAAAUGAUAAUUUUAAGUUAAGCAAAAAAAAUAAUAUUGAUGCUAUCAAUAAUAACUCAAAUAUAAAAAAUAACUUCGUAUUUAAGGAAGGGAAGAAGCUAAAGUUAACAACAAAUGCUUAUGGUCAUGAUAUUAUGUAUUCUCAUUUUAAAAAAAAAAGGAGAGAACAAAAACUGAAGAAAACUAUUUUUGCUGUCUCAAAAAGAAGAGAGACGAAUUUAAUCAAAAUUAAAAUACCCAGUGACAUAACUCCAAAUAAAAAGACCAAUUCUUACCAUCAAAAAAAUUAUACAACUAGAACUCUUAGGGACUAUUAUAAUCAUAAAAAAAAUGUUAUUCUGAUUAAUAAUACACACAUUGAUAAAUAUAUUAAUCAAAAUGAAAGAAAGAGGUUAAAUAAAGAAAAAAAAAUAAUCUUUUUACAGUUCCAAGAACACUUUUUGAGUAACAUGUUAUCAGAAAAAUUAUCAAAAGACAAAAAUAAAGAAUCUUAUGAAAACAAAUAUGUACAAACUAAAAUUAAUACAAAUGCCUUCUGUACAAAGCUUUCAAAAGUCAGUGAUCUCAACAAAAUUCUGAAUAAAUAA